GACCUACAUUUCAGGACGGAUGGAGUAUAGCAUAAUUGCAAUCACGUUCUGACAAAUUAACUGUCAAUAAUUCAGUGUCGAACCUAUACAGUCCACCUGAUUCUUUGUUUUUGUUCCUCUGUUUUCACACCAACAAUUAUGUCUCGGCUAACAUGUCAAACAUUCAACGUAGGAGUCAAACGCCAAGUUCAAAACACAAGAAAAAUUUUUAAACAAAGACAUGUCUCUGUACUACUUGGGCGCCUAAGUACAUGGUCUCAAAUUCCACAGCACACACCUCCUGCAGGCCAAAGAAUCAACGAUGAAUCCUAUUCAACUGAAAAUCAAACACGGUUUCAGAAAGCGCAGCAACAACCCAGGCCAAGAGAGCUUCGCGAAGUCAAUUCUUAAGAGUUGCUUAUGCUUAACCCACGGCACAUAUAGAAAGGCGCGGUGGUUUAGUUGGGAUCGAUCGUCUUUCGUCUAAAUAAAUAAAUUGCUCGGAAUCUUCUUAGCACUGGGUAAUAUUCUUAGUGGGGACGCAAAGUACACUCCUCAUCGGGCCUGCUGUCCUACUAUAUAAGUUGGAUAAGGGCCCUUCUCCCUUCCUCAACAAACUCUGAAGUUUUAAGGUUUUCGAGCUAGUUUUGUCACUUGCCAGACACCACACAGAAACUCUCCCGUCGGGGACCAGAAACAGACCAACAAAAGAAUGACGAAGCAAAGGAUUGUGAUCAAGGUGCACAUGACGUGCGACAAGUGCCGGAGAAGUGCUCUGGCUUUAGCUGGCUCGACGUACGGGGUGCAAUCCGUGGGGAUCGAGGGGGAGGAGCGCGACCAGCUGGUGGUGGUCGGCGACGGCGUGGACGCCACCAGCCUGACGAGCUGCCUCCGGAAGACGGUGAAGGUGGGCAGGGCGGACCUCAUCAAGGUGGAGGAGGUUGUCGACGAGAAGGCGGCGGCGGCCACCGGUUGUAGCAAUCCCGUGGCUGCAUGGCCGCCGCAGGGGUACCCCUACGGCUACCACCCCGGCUAUGGCUAUUACUGCCCCCGGACGGGCGGCGUCGUCUACCCGUACGCCGCCGGCCACUGCUACGUCGAGGACUCCGACGAGGGUUCGUGGUGCACCAUCAUGUAGGUGUGCACGGAUCGAGUUAGGAAAUCUACAAGAGCAUUUGAUCGAUCUCUGGAUGAUCUUGUCAAGUGCAGUUUAAUCCGUGUUGUCAAUCUGGUUUCUCUGGCAAAAGUGCAUCAUCUAGACACACAAUCGGGAUAUACGAAAAGGUAUAAUCAUUCUUCCCUUUGCGUUAGGUUGUCGACUAGCUGCCAUUUCGCUAUCUCAUGAAUAGGGUUUCUUCCCAUUAAGGUACGUAUAGUGCUCUAAGAGUGUUUGAGAAUAUUGAAAGGAACUAAGA